UUCAGCUCGAUAGCAGGAAGAAAGGUAUAAAUUGUACCGCCACUGGUUAGUCGCCUUCAUCUCUGUACGGGUCACUGUUGCAGGAUUAGCUAAAAAUGAAGUACUGUGCUGCCGUGGUUGUGCUCCUAGCGCUGGCCGUGUUUGGCCAGAGCGCCUUCGCCGAACAGGUGUCCUACCGAGACUACAAAGUCUACAGCAUCCGCGUGGACACGGUGGAGAAGCACAACGUGCUGAAGCGCUGGCAGGAUGUGCGCGGGGUCGAUUUCUGGGACCGUGCCGGCUACCGUGUGAUGAUCCAUCCGAGCCUGCAGGAAGCGUUCGAGCGGUUCCUGAACCUGAACGCGUUCAGCUACGAGCGCAUCAUUGAGGAUGUGGAAGCCACGAUCGAGGCAGAGCGCAAGUACGAUCAGGAGUACCGCCGUCGCAAGGCUGCAUCCGGUCGAGCUACGGUCGAUUUCGAACACUUCUGGACGAAUGCGGAGGUUAACGCGUACCUGGACGAGCUUGCCCAGACGUACCCAAAUCUGGUGCGCGUCGCCACGAUUGGCACCACUCACGAGGGCCGUCCGAUCAAGUCGAUCACGAUCUCAACCAAUAAUGGUGUGGCUGGAUCGAAGCCGGUUGUCUUCAUCGACGGUGGUAUCCAUGCACGUGAAUGGGCCGGUGUAAUGUCGGUGCUCUACUUGAUCCACGAGCUGGUGGAACAUUCGAGCAGCUACGCCGAUAUGCUGAACAAGGACUGGGUGAUCAUUCCCGUCGCCAACCCGGAUGGGUACGAGUUCUCGCACACCGACAACCGCAUGUGGCGCAAGAACCGCUUCCCGGCCACGAUCCUCUGUACCGGUAUUGAUCUGAAUCGCAACUGGGACUAUCUCUGGGUGUUUAGCAGCAAUGCCUGCUCCGACUCGUACGCCGGAACGACCGCCUUCUCCGAGCUGGAAACGCAAGCCCUCGAUCGGGUGCUGAAGCAGUACGGAUCGAACAUUGCGGUCUAUCUGGCGGUGCACACGUACGGCGAUAUGAUCCUGUACCCGUACGGACACUCGUGGCCGUUCGUGCCGGUCGCUAACCAGGCCGCCCACAUUGCGCUGGGUGAGCAGGCGCGCGAUGCAAUCACGGCCGUCGGUGGCCCCCGGUACGUGGUGGGCAACAGUGCGGAAAUUCUGUACACGGCCAACGGUUGCAGCGAUGAUUAUGUGGCCGGUGUGAUCGGCGCGCGGUACGCGUACACGCUCGAGCUGACGGGCGGUGGCCGCAAUGGGUUCGAUCUGCCUGCCACGGAAAUUAUGGCUGUGGCGACCCAAACCUUCCAGAUCUAUCGCACCAUGGCGAACAAUGCGUAAGCGUUGGGGACAAUUUUAGUAUAAUUAAAGGUUUUUUUUACAAAAAAAAAACUGUAACUGCA